AUGCCUCCUCGAGGACAAUUUCCAACAAAAGGUUUGAAUGGUGCUUCAAGUGGGGAUAUUGGAUGGUAUUUUGGAACUCCAGAAUCCGGAAGUUACAGUAAUGUUCGUUGCAAACUUUGUUAUGUAGUAAUAAAAGGUGGCAUUACGAGAUUGAAGCAACAUAUAACUCAAAUUGAAAGGACAAGUUCCGGCUUGUGGUAG